CCCACACCCCUUCCUCCUUUCUCACACCUAAAAUAUCUUCUUCUUCAUCUUUUUUUCUAGUGAGAGAAACAAACUGAACUAAAUCACUCUCUACUCAAAAAUGGAGGAUCAAGGCGGAGAGAGGCUCAAGGGAACGGUGAAGUGGUUCAACGACACCAAGGGGUUCGGCUUCAUCACUCCAUCUGAAGGCGGCGAAGAUCUGUUCGUUCACCAGUCAUCCAUCCGAUCUGAGGGGUUCCGUUCACUCGGUGAUGGUGAAGAGGUUGAGUUUCUCAUCUCUACUGGUGAUGACGGUCGUACUAAGGCUGUUGAUGUCACUGGCCCUAAUGAAGGCCCUAUCCAAGCCUCCACUCGUCGCGGCGGAGGCGGCGGUGGUGGCGGUGGGGGUUACGGCGGUGGCGGUGAGGGUAGGAGAUCUGGCGGUGGGUAUGGAGGUGGUGGCUACGGCGGUGGAGGCGGCGGAUAUGGCGGUGGUGGGUAUGGAGGAGGUGGUGGUGGGUACGGUGGAGGAGGCGGUGGUGGAAACUGCUACAGUUGUGGUGAGCCAGGACACAUGGCGAGGGAAUGUCCGAGUGGCGGCGGAGGAGGUGGAGGAAGGUACGGUGGAGGAGGCGGUGGCCGAGGAGGAGGAGGUGGUGGUGGAAACUGCUACUCCUGUGGAGGUGAUGGACACUUUGCGAGGGACUGUACUGCUGCUCGUUGAUCAAUGAUGAUGAAUUAAAAUGUUUUUAAGGUUAUUAUUAUUAUUAUUGUUAUGGUUUAGUAUGUUGGUUUAUGAUUAUUAGGGUUGUUUGUGGGUUUUUGGGAGAAAAUAUUUUGUGGGGGUUUAAGAUGUAUUUUCUCUCUAAUUUUUAUUGUUACAACUAGUUUGUCGGCUAUGGUGAAUUAGGGUAUGAUAAGAAGGGUAGUAGGAGUCUUUUAAUUUUAUUUUGUUUUACUUUUGAAGAAGAUAAAAAAAUCAAGAAUGGAGAUGUUUUGACAAGAUAUUUUAGAUGAGAUUAUGCAUUAUCUAUCAUCCUUUUGAUUGUUAUAAUCUCUGUUGAAAAAUGUCAAUAUUAAUGAAAUAUACUUCCUUCCCUUUU